AUGGUCACGCUGAAGCUAUCCUCCUUUCUGGCUGUUUACGCCUUGAUCACCUGCCAGAUGGACAGUUUCCAGGCAGCUCCACUCAGACCAGGGUUUGAGUCUACCGCAGACCGAGUGACCCUGAAUGAUGAUGAAGCCAGACGAUUGCUAAACGCCUUGGUGAAAGAGUUCAUACAGAUGAAAACAGAAGAGCUGGAGCAAAUGACUGAGGGGGACAGCAUUUCAACCCAGAAAAGAGCGUGCAAUACGGCCACCUGCGUCACCCAUCGCCUGGCGGAUUUCCUGAGCCGGUCAGGAGGCGUGGGCAAGAACAACUAUGUACCCACCAACGUGGGAUCCAAAGCAUUUGGCAGGCGACGGAGAGAUGUGCAAAUUUAAGCUCCUGAGCAACCCCCGGAAAAUGAUUGCCAUGAAAUUGAAUUCUUAACUUCCUUUAAUUUCUACUGAAAGCAACUUUCCUCCAUAAACCAAGAAGGCCAAAUAGAAGAGCCACCUUUUUGCAUCCUUCUAGAUAUUGAAAAGUGUUUCUUUUGUUCGGAACAAAGCACUUCUGUUACGUAUAGUCCCAAAGAAGCUAAUUAUGGUAUACUCUUUUUACAUGCGAUGCUACUUCAAAUAAAA